AUGCCGCAUCGAAUCUCCUCUCUCCCCUGGCUGUCUCUCUUACUGGGCGCAUUGAGCCUUGCUCUGCCGAGCACGCAGAUCCAAGACGCCAUUGCAGAGUAUCCGACAGCCACCGCGCGUGCAAGCCACCACUCCGGCUCAGAAACCGUCUUUGUAGGCCGUUCGUUACCAGAGUUUGACCAGGAAUUGUUCCUGGGGAUUAAGUAUGCAGACCAGCCGGUUCGAUUUACACCGUCGAACCUGAAAAUAUCCUAUGCUGCCAACGACAGUAACUCGGGCCACUUUGAUGCCUCCGGGACUGGCCUGGCUUCGCCCAAGGGCACAGUGCUGUACAAUGCCACUCAAUACGGGCACGAAUGUCCCGGCUACGGAUCGGACGAGACGACGCUGGUUAAGAUGGGGCUGAUCACUUUGAAUGAAGACUGCCUGAAUCUCAAUAUCAUUCGUCCGACGCGGAAAUCGGCUCACGAGGAAUUGCUUCCGGUGAUGAUAUGGAUCUUUGGAGGUGGAUGGCAGCAGGGGGCUACCGCUGAUCCGAGAUAUAACAUGAGCUAUAUUCUUCAUCAAGGAGCUCUGAAUGGCAAGCCAGUGCUUGGCGUCUCGAUCAAUUAUCGUGUUGCUGCUUUUGGAUUCCUGGACUCGGAGGAAGUUAGGGCUACCGGCAAUAAUAACUUGGGUCUACGAGAUCAACGGGUUGCCAUGCGAUGGGUUAAGGAGAAUAUCAAGGCGUUUGGCGGCGAUCCUGACAAAGUGACAAUCUGGGGAGAAUCUGCAGGUGCCUACAGCGUUGGAGCUCAUUUGGUUGCCAAUGGUGGUGACAAUGAGGGUCUAUUCCGGGCCGCAAUCAUGGAAUCUGGUAACGCUGUUGGACCGCCAUGGAACGGCACAGACUGGCAUCAGCCGAUGUACGACCGCAUCGUGAACAAGACUGGGUAUUCUCAAUUGCACCUUAUGUGUCUACGAGAAAUCCCGUACCAGUCCCUGUACGACGUGGCAUAUGAGGGUCUGGAAUGGUUCGCUGCAAUCGACGGAUCCUUUAUCAAGGAGUACCCCCAGAUCAGUUACACUCAAGGCCGACUGGCCAAAGUACCCAUCCUCCUUGGAUCCAACACGGACGAGGGCACCAGCUUCGGUACUACAGGGACAAACACCGACGAAGACUGCAUUAACCAACUCAUAUCCUCGAAACGCUGGGUCCUCACCCGCGAAGAAGCCACACGCCUUCUCACGUACUACCCCAACGACCCAGCCCUGGGAUGUCCCUACGGCUGGGGCAACGUGACAUGGCCAAAGCUGGGACUGAUGUACAAACGGUACGAAUCGAUGGCAGGCGAUCUGGCCAUGGCCGCACCAAGACGGCUGCUUGCACAGACGAUGGCCAAGUACACGAAACAGAUCUACUCUUAUCGAUGGGACGUGCCAGCCCUGAACACAAGUAGCACCAUUGGUGUCGGACAUUUUGCAGAGGUAGAAGUGCCCACCACCUUGUUUGACGUCAAUGAUUCAUUUCUCGUACAGAUCCCUUUCGUCUUUGCGAAUCCCGUGCAGAACAUUACACCGCUGGGAACUGAUCCCGCCCGUCUCGAACUGGGCAACAUGGCCGCUCGAAUGUGGACGUCCUUCGUGACGGACUUGAAUCCCAAUGGACAUGGAGUACCGCGAAUCCCGCAAUGGCCCAGGUAUACGCCAGGAGAGAAGGCGUCAAACUUUGUCUUUCGGUUGCCCAGAAAUGGAAGCUAUGUGGAGCGGGAUGACUACCGCUUGGGUGGGAUGGAUUAUAUCAAUAGUAUUGCACGGUAG